CGCUCGUUCUGCUCUCGGCUCGACAAGCCCGAUCUUGCCUGCUCUGACCAAGGAGCUUCCUUGCCGCGCUCUGAUUCAUCUCGAACGGUCGGCUCAGAGAUCUUCACCGGCCGCGGACGGGCUAGCUAGCUGGAGUGUCUGGUUGCGCAGUACUGUCUACGCGAUCGGCUGUGCACGGUACAACACCAGCGGGAUCGGGAACAACUGCACUGUACUGACAUCUACUGUCAGCUCUGGAGAUUUUUUUUGUACAACUGCUUGACAAUCACUCACGAUGUGUGGGAGAACUGUAAGUACACUAAAUCAUAAUGAAAUACGACGGGCAUGUACCUACACAAAUCGCCAGGGACGGAGGAUGCGGCCUGGGAAGCGUAACAGAGGACCAAGACGAGGAGGCGGUGGUGGUGGUGGUGGCGGCGGGCAAAAGCGAGGAACCACAGCUAACCAAGCACCUCAAACACAAGCCCUCAGUUCACCCAGUCAAGGAAGUGCAAGUGAGGGCGUCCAGAGGAAGUAUUACCCAUCGUUCAAUAUUUCACCAACAAGGACAACUCCUGUUCUGAUAUCGAGCAAGCACUUUGGAGAUAAAGAUGCGUCCGAACCAUCCUUGGAUACUGGAGAUCGUGAGAUCGUUCCCAUGACGUGGGGCCUUGUCCCAUCGUGGCACAAAGGCCAAGCAAAAGAGAUGGCUUACAAGAUGAACAACUGCCGCGGUGAAGGCAUGCUUGAAAGGGCAAGUUUCAAGCGUCCAUUUGAGAGAGGCCAGCGUUGUGUGGUACUUGUUGAUGGGUUCUAUGAGUGGAAGACAGAUGCAGACAAGAAUAAGCAGCCCUACUUCAUUUACUUCGCCCAGGAGCACCCUCCGGUAGACCUCACCAUCCACUCCAGUGAAGACCUGAUGGAAGAGAACCCUGACCUGGAGGUCGUGGAGGAGCCCACGGAGGUCAGCAAAGAUGACCCGGGAUGGACGGGUCACAAGCUGCUGACCAUGGCCGGCUUGUUUGACUGCUGGAAUCCACCUGAUGGAGGUGAGCCACUGUAUACAUAUUCUGUGAUCACUGUGGAAUCCAAGGAUAGCCUGUCUUGGCUUCAUCACAGAAUGCCCGCCAUCUUGGAAGGAGAUGACGAGAUACAAACAUGGUUGGAUUUUGGCACCGUGGAGUCCAAUAAGAAGGCGGCGUCCCUUGUCAGCGCUAGAAGCUGCCUGGCCUGGCAUCCUGUCACAAAAGCUGUCGGUAACGUCCGCUACAAGGAGCCAGACUGCAUUAAGCCAAUUGAACUCGGAAAACCUGAAAAGCCGAAGGUCGAGAGUAAGAGCAGCCAGUUCAUGUCGUCCUGGCUCUCCAAAGGGAGUAAAACACCAGAAGGGAAGAUCAAGACAGAGGGAGGGCAUGCAAAGAAGGAAGAGCCUAGCAAGAAGAAGACUGGUGGAUCAUUGAUGAAGUGGUUCGUGAAGAAAGAAAAGACCGAAGAUGGAGGGGUGGAGGAUGAGAGAAAGAAGAGAACGGGGGAGGGCGUGACUGUGAAGGAGGAGGAGCCUUCCCCUAAGAAGAGUAGGGUGUCUUGAAAAUAUCCAAACGGUAUUGAAAAUAUUGGACUGCCAUCUUGCAGAAUGUACUGCCAGUUUCUCUAUAGACCAGCUUUCAAUCAAACCUGAAAUACUAGAUGAAAGUGAUCAUGUCUUGCUUAACAUUGUACAGAAUGCAAAAUCUAGUAGAAAAUUGAUGGGUUUUUUAAACUUUCAAUAUUCGAUGACUAAACAGAAUACUGAUUUACUGGUCAGACUUGAACAGAAUGCAAGAUCCAACUGUGAUUUCUUGAAAUAUGUGAUGAGCCUACAGCAAACAGAAUACAAGAUCUAACAGAAAAUGUCUGUUAGAACAGAUGUAGGAUGAAUACAAGUUGUAUUAAAACCAGUGUUACGGGUUUGACUAAACUUGAAUAGAAUAGAAGAUCUAUAAGUAAUCUCGUUUCUUUACGUGAAUUAUUUGACAAGAGUAACCAAAGAGUGACUGUAUUCAACAGAAUCCAAGAUAUAACAGAGAAUUGGAAAUUAUCCAAAAACUACUGUAUAUAAGCCCGUUCACGGUUGUAAACUGUGCAUGAACAGAAAAAGGUCAUUUAAGAUAAACCAUGAAGGUGGUUUUAAAAUUCACUGACAUCGGCAUUUGUUAUUUGAUGAUUAUUCAUGUAUCCUUUUUGAACUAUUCUUUUCAUCACAUCCAAGCUGAAGAGUAACAAAGGCUUGAAUUAACAAAGGUGGUUUUGAAAACCCGUGGUUGAGUCCAUGGUUUAUGCAGAUUUCCUGUAUAAAUUACGCUUAAUUUACCGCGUAUCGGGAGCGUGUAUAAAAUUUGUCCAAUGCUGAUGCGCGCAUUUGUCACAGUGCGCCAAAUUGAUGCCUGUUACCAU